AAAUGUUAAUAUUUAAUGUACAACACGCCUGCACCGUGUCAGAUAGAUAGAUAGAUAGAUAGAUAGAUAGAUAGGUAUUUAUUUAAUUCAAAUAGUUUUUAAUCUGUUUUCUCACCUUUCAGCCUGUCUCUGUUCUGUUGUAACUCAUAACUUGACUUUUUCAUAGGAGUAUUUAUAAUAGUAUUUAAAUGUAAUGAUAUUAGAUGAGGUGGCAAAAACAGGGAAAGUGAAGCGCAUCUCAAUAUCCUCUUUAUGUUCACCUCAGUGAGCAAAGUAGUAAAAAAGAAGUCCUGAUGUUGCCUCCAGAAGCCUCUCAGCAGUGAUGGAAAAUGUAUUCGGAACAUUUACUCAAGUGAUAAUGCACCACGCUAUAAAAAUACUGCAUUACAGGUAAAACUCCUGCAUUCAAACUCAAGUAAAAAGUUGAUUUUCCAGGAAGUUUUUAUGCAGCAGAAUGGCUCCUGUCAGAGUUUAGUUUUAGGCUACAUAUUUGAUGUUACUUUGCUUUUAAUAAUUUAUUCAAAUAUGUGUCAGUGUGGGUUUUCUCCAGGUACUCCGGCUUCCUCCCACAGUCCAAAGACAUGCAGGUUAAUUGGUGACUCUAAAUUGUCUGUAGGUGUGAAUGUGAGUGUGAAUGGUUGUCUGUCUCAGGUCACCAGACUAUCACAGACUAUCUCUGUGAUAGUCUGGUGACCUGUCCAGGGUGUACCCCGCCUCUUGCCCAGUGUUAGCUGGGAUAGGCUCCAGCACCCUUUUAUAGCAGCAUUUUAUUGUUGUAGCUGGUGGAGUUGAAGCUCAGUUGACUUCCGUCUACACUGCUGUGUGGUUGAAUCUGUUCUAAAGGUCAUAUAUUGUAGCUCCUGAUAUGUUUUGUUCGUAAAAUUACAUUUAUAAAGUUGUCUAACUAGCUAUAGCUGUAAAAUGUUUCCCUCUAAAACAUACAUUCAUUACAUUUCAUUUAUAAAUUUGAGGUACUUGCACUUAAGUAUUUUUAUUUUAUACAACUUUAUACUGCAACUACACUACAAUUGAAAGGGAAAUAUUGUUGUUUUGACAUUUAUCUGACAGCAUUAGUUACUGUCAGUGUUUGGAAGGUUACUUUUGAAAUGUAAUGGGCUACAAAUUGCUAAUUACCUUGUAAAAAAGGAAAAAAGUAUUUUAAUGACUUCAUCAAAGUAAUGUAACUGAUAACAUUUGAUUGCUUUUUGAUUACUUUUCAAACAAAUGUUUAGUUGUGGAAAAGAUUUAAAGCAACAGAAUGCUUUUGUAGUCUACGGGCUUUUUACCAAAAAGUUAAAUAUAGUUAAAUUACAUUUGAAUGAAUGAAUUUACUUUAUUUUAAACCAAAAAAAAAAAAACCCUAAAAAACAACACGAGACAAAGAUAACAGUGUUCAAAAAGGAGGAGGUAGAAGUAAAAUUUAAAUGUAUCUACCCCUUUUUUACAUUUCUUCUUUUAACACACAUAUUAUUUCAACAACUUCCCAAUCUAUUUACAACUAAUAUAUUACUAUUCCCACCUAUUUACCACCCAAUUAAAUGAAUAAGUAAUAAACCCAGUUUAUUUACAGUCCACAUAUCACCCAGUGUUACAAAAUAAAUAUGGACCCCCCUGACACAACUUUUCCUCGUCUAUUUAUCUGCCAAAAUAUCUCUUUUUUUGUGUAGUUUUUUUUUUUUUUUUUUAAAUUUCCUCAGUAGUCAGUAGUAAAGUGAUUAUAAUUAUUUAACUCCAUUAAAUGUAACUAGUUACUACCCAACACUGGUUAUUGUUAUUUUUUAGAUUAAGAUUUUCCACACGAACAUGUUAUAAUCUCAGAAAAUUAUACAUUACAUGAUACAUACAUUACCUUAUCACCACCUCACAAGCUUUUGCUAAUGCAUUUAACACACCAAUGCUUCAGUGAGAAUAAUCUAAUAAUAUUAUAUUCAAUACUAAAACAUUCACAGGAGCUGUUUUUUGCUGUUGAGUUUAAAACUUUUAUUCAAUUUCAUUUUCAAUGAAGGACUUUAACUUGUAAUGGAGUUUGUUUUUUUUACAGAGUGUUAUAAAGUAUAAUAAUAUUUAAUAAAGGCUGUGAAUACCUCCUCCAUUACUGAGUAGAAGUAUUAAGUAGAAGAAAACUAAACCUCUUCCCCUGUGACCUGUGGAGGCUUCCUGCAUGAGCUGUAGAGGUGGAACCACACUAAUCCUCUCAUAACUACACUACCCAGAGUUCCCCGCCAACAGGCCACUCCCACUAGUAGAAUGGCAGCGGUGAACUUUAACCGUAGUGUUUAUGUAUGUGUUUUUGUCGGAGGAGUGGCUCUAUGACAAACUAUCAGAUCCCCGCGCUGCUCGCCGACCUGCAGGACAUGAUCAUGGGGAGCACGCUGGCCAAAUGUGCCGUCACCGACCUGGGCAUCCAGUGGGCCGGCUGGGCCCUGGCUGCUGCCUUCAGGACCGAGAAGUUUUAUGAUCUGGCAGGAUCGGGCACUUUUAUACUACUUGCCCACCUGAGUCGUAUCUGGGGAGGAGCCAGUCAUGUCCGUCAGAAGGUGCAGACUGGGUUGGUGACAGCAUGGGGACUCAGGCUGGGUACAUUCCUCUUCAUGCGGAUCUUGAAGGACGGUCAUGAUCGCAGGUUCAACAAUGUCAGAGACAGCCCAGGGACUUUCUUUGUAUAUUGGAGUAUUCAAGCCGUAUGGGUAUUUAUGACCCUCCUGCCCACCCUCAUGCUGAACAGUGAGAAGCGAGAUGUGCCUCUGGGAACGAGGGACUACAUUGGCUGGACUAUGUGGGGCCUUGGCUUCGCUGCUGAGGCUAUUGCUGACCAGCAGAAAUGGCUUUUCAAGCGUGACCCAGAUAAUGCUGGGAAAUUCAUCCAGAGUGGGCUGUGGGCUUACAGCAGACAUCCGAACUAUUUUGGAGAGAUCCUGCAAUGGUCUGGCCUCUGGCUCUCUGCCUCAUCAGUGAUGGAGGGUUCCCAGUAUCUGAGUGUGGCAUCACCUCUCUUCGUCUGGUUCCUGCUGCGUUACGUCAGCGGUAUCCCCAUCCUGGAGAAGCAGGCCAUGAAGAAGUGGGGGUCUGACCCAGGCUUCCAGGACUACAUCAAGAACACUCCUCUGCUCUGGCCAUGGCCUAAAUUUUGAUGUAACAAUGAACAGUGAUGAACAUUUUCUCAACCGCUGUACCAAUAAUUGCCUCACACAAAGAACAUACGCCCAUUCAAGUCACUGUAUACGACACUCAGGACAUUUUUAGAGCAGCAAACCACUAUAGGCUAUGUAACAGUUUAAUGGAGGAAUGGCGUCCUGUGCAAAGAAUGAAAUCAUACUCCUCCUGUG